AUGGACCUGGUAAUUAAGAGGGAUAGGAGGAAGAAGAUGGUAUCUAAUCGACCGAGGAUUAAGUGGGGUGGCUUGACCCCUGACUUUUCUCGGGAGAUGGGUGAGAAGUUGAGUGGGAUGGGGGCUUGGAGUGGUAGCGGGGAUGCGGACACCAUGUGGAAUAAAGCAGCUAGUUGCAUUAGAGAAGUUGUUUCAAAGGUGUUGGGGGUAUCAAGGGGUAAAUUUGGAGGCCAUAAAAGAGAUUGGUGGUGGAAUGGGGAAGUCCAAGGCAAAGUGAAAGCGAAGAAGGCUGCAUUCACAAAGUUGGUGGAGUGCGUAGACGAGGAAGAGAAGCGGACGCUUAAGAAAGUUUAUAAGACGACAAAGACAGAAGCUAAGUUAGCAGUUACGAAGGCUAAGACGGUAGCUUUCGAACGCUUGUAUGUCGAGCUGGGGGACAAAGGUGGGGAGAAGAAAUUGUAUAGGCUCGCAAAAGCAAGAGAGAGGAAGGCUCGUGACUUGGACCAAGUGAAGUGUAUCAAGGAUGAGGAAGGCAAAGUAUUGGUGGAUGAGACCUCCAUCAAGCAAAGAUGGCGAAGAUACUUUCACAAACUUUUGAAUGAAGAAGGGGGCAGAGACAUUGUGUUGGGUGAUUUGGCGCACUCUGAAAGACUUUGGGACGUUGGGUACUGCAGGUGUUUUAGGAUCGAGGAGGUUAUACGUGCUAUUAGUAGGAUAAGUAGGGGAAGAGCGACCGGACCCAAUGAGAUUCCGGUGGAUUUUUGGAAGAGCACGAACAAGGCAGGUAUAGAGUGGUUGACUGGGCUGUUUAAUGUUAUUUUUAAGACAGCAAAGAUGCUUGAUGAAUGGAGGUGGAGUACAAUGGCUCCGUUAUAUAAAAACAAGGGUGAUAUCCAGAACUGUAACAACUAUAGGGGUAUCAAAUUGCUAAGCCAUACUAUGAAAUUUGGGAGAGAGUGGUGGAGAUGA